UUGAUAUGAAUAUAUGUGACUGGUUCUUAUGACUUUGUUCUUGUCAUUGUGUUAAUUACAUUGAUUUGACUAUGCACUGUCCGUUAAGGACGCAGCGACCCGUCAUGCACGGAUUCAUGUAUCUGCACCGUAGCUGUUCAACUGUAGUAGGACAGCACAGAAGGCCCAGGCAUAAAAUGCACGGCCCGCCACUGCUGUAACUGCUAAAAACGAGCUAACAGCAGUAAAAGGUGCCGUUGUUGUUAAGGUCAAAAGCAUGAGCUGAGAGAUGCAAAGACGAUAAAAGAUGUGGGCUUUGACACAUUUUAUAUUUCACUUAGGCUGUCACUUAGAAAAAAAAUUGCAAUUUUAACUCGUUCAAAGAGGUGAGCCUGAAGUCACCACACCUCACAGCUUUAUACAAAUAAGAAGGCUGCUCAUGUAGCUGUGACUGAAUUGUACAGUGACAGUCGUGAGCUGAAUGGAGAGAGAGAGAGAGAGAGUGGAGGGAGGAGGAGUGUGUGAAAGAGAGAUAUUGAUAGAGAGAAGAAGAGAGAGAGAGAGCUCCUCAGUUGCCUUAGCAGCAGCUUCAUUCCUUCACAGUCCGGUGCUGUGCGCGCUGCGCUGCGCUUCACUUCACGGGGUGUUCCCCUCGCGACCGCGCGCUGAUUAACUUCUCACGGUCCGGUUAUCAUUUUUAUUUUUAUUUUUUAUUUUUUUUUCAAAAUAGCACACUCCAGUUUCUCCAAGUUCCACGACGCCUGAAGAUAAACGCGACGGUGGCUAAUUGAUUCCAACGCCGGCUCCGGUGUCGAACAGCGCGCAGGGUGCACGCUAAACAGUACUUCUGACACUCGUCCUGUCGCACGAGGGAGGAUGGCUCUGCCUCUGCCGGCGGCGAACGCGAGCGCAGUGUUGGAGAUGGUGACGGCGGGCUGUGCGGAGCAGGGCAACCUCAGCGUGGAAGUUGGCGACUACAAUGUCAGCUGCCAGAACGGAUCCGUCCUCCCUAGACCAGUCGGAGGAGGCAAAGAGAUGGACUCGUUCCGCAUCCUGCUCUACUCCCUCAUCUUCCUGCUCAGCGUCUUCGGCAACCUGCUCAUCGUCGUGGUCCUGGUGCUGAACAAGCGCAUGCGCACCGUCACCAACUCCUUCCUGCUGUCGCUGGCGGUCAGCGACCUCAUGAUGGCCGUCUUCUGCAUGCCCUUCACGCUCAUCCCCAACAUCCUGGAGGACUUCAUCUUCGGGAGCGCCAUGUGCAAGGCAGUCUCCUACUUCAUGGGGAUCGCCGUCAGCAUCUCCACCUUCAGCCUCGUGGCCAUCGCCAUCGAGAGGUACAGCGCCAUCUGUAACCCGCUGAAGUCCCGCGCGUGGCAGACCCGAUCCCACGCCUACCGCGUCAUCGCCGCCACCUGGGUGGUGUCGCUGCUGAUCAUGGUGCCCUACCCGGUGUUCAGCUUCCUCACGUCGUACCCAAAGGCCAACGGCACCGUUGGCCACAAGUGUCGCAUGACCUGGCCCAGCAGGGAAGCGGAGCAGACCUGGUAUGUGCUGCUGCUGUUCACUCUGUUCUUCAUCCCGGGAGUGGUGAUGAUUGUAGCCUACGGUCUGAUAUCCAGAGAGCUCUUCCGAGGCAUGCAGUUUGAGCUGGGCCACAACAGAGAGACCACCGGCCAGAAGAACGGUGUACGACGGGCUGUCGCAGGAUCCAAUGACGACGACGACGGUUGCUACAUCCAGGUGUCCAAAAAGCCCUCCUCCGCCGUGGAGCUCCCCACCCUCUCUGCCUCGUCUGCCGCCGCCCAGGCCAAGAAGGAGCGUGCCCGCAGCAACACCUCGGAGGCCAAGCUGCAGGCCAAGAAGCGGGUCAUUCGCAUGCUGAUUGUGAUCGUGGCGCUCUUCUUCAUCUGCUGGAUGCCCCUGUACUCGGCCAACACCUGGAAGGCCUUCGACCUGAAGUCAGCCUCCAAAGCCCUCACGGGAGCGCCCAUCUCCUUCAUCCACCUGCUGUGCUACACCUCGGCCUGCGUCAACCCCAUCAUCUACUGCUUCAUGAACAUGCGCUUCCGCAAGGCCCUGCUGUCCACCUUCGCCUGCUGCUUCCGCAACCGAUUCUGUCGCUGGUGGUGCAGGAGGAAGGAGGGGGCCGAAGACGGCGUCACCGCCACCUCCAUGGGCACGUCGAUGGCCACCUCCAUGUCCAAGUUCAGCUACACCACCGUCAGCACCACCGGCACCUGCUGAGCCUCAGGCGGAGCUGGUCGCCAUCGGGUGGCUGCCGGGGCAGUGGUCACUGGGUGCACCAUCCGUUUUGUUUUUCUUCACUCUGCUGUUUUUCACUCUUCAUCUGAAUAUGCUAUGAGUCACGCGCUGAGUAACAUCCCUGCCCUCGUUCAUGAGGCCUUUUGAAAAGGUCUCCUUCAAAUUUUGCGUGCAUGGUUGCAGAAUGUGAGGCGGGCGAAACGCCGUUUCCAGUUUGGUGACAUUCUUCUUUUUCUGUUUAAUUGGCAGCAUUCGCUUUGUUGCAUCCUGAAGAAAACAUCAAGUGCCUGUGCUCUUUGUGUAGCUUCGUUUUUGUCGUGGUGGUUUGUUCACUGGCUGAGAGACAUUUUAGUGAGAAACUACGUUGGGAAUAUGAAUCUCGUGUACUUGUAAAUACUGUCUUUAAGAUCUUAUUGUGCCAAAAGGUAAAUUUUUGACGGAGACAUACUGUUGAGCAAUGAGGACUCAUUACCUCAGGAAUGAAUCGGUAUGGAUUUCAGCUCCUUUUGUGUUUAAUGUGGUUAUAUCUUCACUCAUUCAGGGCAUCUUUCUCAGUUUUUAAGAAUUGUUCUAUUGAAGGCUACACAGGGCAACUUUGGAUAUUGUCGGGUCCCCAAAUCAUUCCAUUUACACCAAAAAAUAUUGAAGGGAACAGAGUUAGUCCAGCUUUUUCUAGACAAGCUUCUUGCUUAAUGUUUCACUCUUAUCGAGUUAUGUUUCAUCGCUUCUUCUUCAGCAUAUUUUCCGCAAAUAUUGAAACACCAGAAUCCAUUCAUUCAGGCAAUUUUGACCACUUUAUUUAUGUGUUUGACCUUUUUGAGGCAGCGCUCUGUGAUUGAGGCAGGUGCAUCUUUACCUUGACGAUAAACAUUGGAGGACUGUAAUCUAGCUUCAUUUCUUGGAACGCAUAAACGAGACAGCCUGGUGGUUAAAAAGAGGCAAUUUUCUUGUGUUGAUCCAGCCGGCAGCAUAACAAACUGGGAUCGCACAGGCUCAGUCAUGAAACUUAAAUAUCCUGUCGCCACUGCCCCGAUGUAUGUUGAAUACUGAUGCAGACAUUAACAUCGGGAUGGGGAUUAUUAAAGGCUGAUUGCACCUGCUGGUUGCUCCAGUCUGCCCCUGCCACAGAAAAGUGCUUUAGUCAAACUCACCUUUUCUGCUCAAUUAUCUCAGCAGUGUCUUAUGUAGUCUCUCUCUGCCUUCCGCUGCCAAUUUCUCUGAGCAUUACCUAAGUACAAAGAUCCCGUUUCCAGGCUUAGACUAAUGAGGUGUUCCUCGGGAACCCUCUCCUCUCCUGCGGUGAAGCGUCUCGUGGCUUCGCCUCUGCAAAACUGUCGACAAAUGGCUCCGCUGACGCGCCACAUCUGAGCCCCUUCAAUUCUUUGACAACAACAAUGACAAUCUCGAGUUAAAUAGCGUCUUUCACUCAAGGAAUUGAACUCGACGUGCGCUACAAUAAAUGGAAAAUUGUUGGGCAAAAACAAGUAGGAAGGGAUUUUCAUAAUAGAUGGAAUAAGAAUAAGAAUAUAACCAGUAAUGGAAAAUAAAAGACAAAACUUCAACUUUGCCGGUGCUCUUGUGAAUGGGUUUCCAUGCGGUUUAGUGAGAUGAGCCUCCUAAAUCUGCACCCAAAAUGUCGUCAAAACUUUUAGUUAUAAUUUUCAAAUUAUAAUUUUUUUUUGCAAAUUACGGCAUAUUUGCACUCGAUUAAGGUCACAGGAGGAUAGGGCUUUAUUUGCUUUCUUGCUGAGAGUUAGGUGAGAAGAUUGACACCACGCUUAUGUUUUUACGCUGAAUAUGAAGCAACAGCCAGCUGUCGGUUAGCUUAGCAUAAAGACCCAUCUCUUGUUUGCUUAAAUUAAGCAUUUGGAUGAAACAUGAAUAAUACCAAACACUGAGUCCAUGUGAAAGCGAACACUGAAAUUGUGAUUAGUUUAUGAAAUUAAAUGCUGCUAGGGAGCGACCAGCCGGCUAACCAAGCUAGCUCUUUAGCGGGACGGUCUUCUCUCGCUCCUCGGUUGUGUAUUUCGGUUUGAAUAAACAAAACAGUGUAAACAAAUCAUUCAGAACUACUUCUCUAGCAUGCACAGAUGAGUAGUCGCGCCACAGCUGUGUAACGUAAAUUAACCAACCAGUGUGUGAAGAUAACCAGGUAGCUGUUUCGUUAGCUACCAAGUUGCCCCAGAAGUAGCGAGCUACCGUAGCUAAUCCCAGGGGUUACUUCAUGUGAUAACAUUGGCUCGGAGGCAAGCGUUUGAAUUAUCAAAUUUAAAUUUAUACUAAAAACUUUAAGUCGUAUUUCUUGAAACUUUGUAACAAAAGGUGGAAAGUGAAAAGUUAGCAUGGCCAAUUAGAUAAGAGAAUGAGACCAAGCUUGAAAAAUACCCAAAUCCCCUUUAAAUGUUCACUGCAUCAUACAUAAACAUUCAUGUUAAGGCAGACUUGGUAGAUUCAUGAGCUAGUAGCAAGUAGUAGAUAGUAUUUUGAUGAAAGGACAAUUCUGAAUUCCCGUGGAAAUUAUUCAGGACUUCAUUCAUGAACUCAGGCAAUUUGAUUUUGAAAUAUGGACAGGCUAUCGUUGCAGUGACUAAUUUAAAAAGUUGGCCUCCACAGCACAAAAAUAUCUGGACGCGUGUUAAGCAGAGUGAUGCAAUGCUUUUGUCCAACAUGCGGUGAUAUGUCGACAGCUAAGUCCUUUCAUUUCCCAUCGCUUUCAAGUUUGCUGCUCUUUUUCAUGGCCUGGCAUCGCCUAGCACUCCCCCCCCCCUCCUUUUUCAGCACAGAGGCGUAUGAAUACAUGAAUGGCAAUAGUGUGUGGGUGACAGCUGAGAUUUGCAGGCACAAGCGCAGUCCGCGAGAGGUUUACAAGUGGUGGCGGGGAGUUUGGAUCGCAGACUGACAAUUGGCAGAGCCUCGCUUGUAAACCUCGUCUUGUGAACCUCGUCUGGCGGCCUUCACUCCGUGUAUGCUUUUGUAAUUAAGGCAGAACAGUGAGUGAUUUCCAUAUCUUUGCGGGCGCUUGGCGCACCGGAGAACCUGGCGGAUUUAGAACCGAUUUAUUUCCCCGGUCUGUGCACACUUUCCCCUCCAGUUAAAUUUGGAUUCAUUUACAUGUUUUGUUACAUUAUGAGCCUAUAGGUUUUUGAAUUGCAAACUGUUAAGUAUGUUAAAUGACCAUAGCUGAGUAGGAAUAAUGAAGAUAAGCCGCUUAAAGCUGGCUUUGGUAUUAUUUUGUGGCCUGUAGAUUUACAACUUCUCAAAAUAAACCACCGCUCAUUCGCAUUAUGAAUGGACAGGUAAAGACUUACAGCCAACCUCGCUCACUAAUUGUUAUGGUAAAAGGCUCCGAGAGAGGCAAAUAUUUGCUCUCAAAAAUGAACUGUUGUUAUUGAAUUUGACAUCAGUUAAUCUAUUCACCUCAGCAGGCCAGCAAGUUCAGGUAUGCAUUAUUAAAAUGAGCUAACCUCCCAGUCUUAGAGCUGCUACUUUCAGAUUCUUGUACUUUUAAGCUAGUUUUACUCAGCACACUUCGUACCUG